AUUUUUAUACACACGUGUAGAAAAUAAAUGAAAUGUCAUGAGAAGGAUCAAAGCAAAGAGACUUUCUGAAGACUAGGAAUUGAAUUUAGAAAUUGAAGUUUUCAAUUUAAAGUUUUUUAAAAAUGAAGAUUUUCAACAUUUUAGUACUUCCAAUUUUAGUACUUGUAAUUUUAGCACUAACAUAACUUUCAUGAUUAUCCCAUUUAUCAACAAGACAAUUUCCAAGACAAAGAGAAGAAAAAUUGCGAAACACGUUAGUACUAAAAUUCGUGUACUAAACUUUUAGUACUAAAAUGUUAAAAGUUUUCUUAUUGUUAAAAAACUUCACAAAUUUGAAAUCGGUCAAGCAGUCUAGCUAAUAUAUGUCCGUAAACCAAUGAUUUCCUAUUAGUACUCUACCUGCAGUGUUAGCCAACGAGUUCAGAGCCCGGUACCUUAGCUCUGGAGUAAUUUACAGAAGUCAGCCAAUCCAUCAUUAACUUUGUCAUAAAGACAUUUUGUAGACGCCGUUAGCGCCUCCUCCUCCUCCUCUCCAGGCCUGCCUGUCAGACUUUACGGCUUUUUCUAAGUAGUCUCAAAAAUUUUAUUCCAAUUUAAGGAUUUGUGAAGAAAUUCUCGUAGAAUGGAGUGCGACGAGUGCGAAAAUGUUGAGGAUGUAAUGGAGACUGGUGAGGCAAUACGUGAGACAACAAUCUUCGAUAUUCCCGUGCAGGAUAUAAUGGUGGAUCGUAUUGCCAAGUUCCUGCGCUGGGAGGAUUUAGUGAAUCUCCGGUGCUGCUCCAGGAGUGCCCAGGAAUUAGCUGACAGGCUGUUUGAGGGGUUGUCAAAGCUGCAAAUAAUCCAUUACACCGGCUGCUUGAAAGGCCCCUUCCCAUUCAUCUUCCGCACAUGCAGAAAACUCCGCAAGAUUUACCUGUCGAACUUAGCGUGGCUCACAAAUGAGCUUCUCGUGGAGCUUUUGUGCAAUAAUCCAAAUUUGGAAUUUUUUCACAUUAGUCUGUGCCCCAAAAUCACAGCUACUGGACUCCUUCCGCUUGCCACGCACAACAAGAAGUUACUCUUCCUGUUCAUGCCACACAUGAACUUUGACGAUGAAUUCCUGAAUUUGUUCAAUCAGCACAACCACCAGCUGCUGCGUGUUGAUUUUGCCUGGAACAAGAAGAUCACCGGACCCUGUUUGCAGACCUUCUUUGAGAAUCAACCCAACUUAACAAAGAUACGCCUGACCUACGUGAAAGCGGACAUCUCCACUUGCCUCCAGACUAUUGCUAAAGUUUGCCGGAAACUCUAUUACAUGGACAUCAGUCACUGCGUUGUGGAUGUUGAUGAUCAUGUGAUACUGGGAAUCGCUGACAAUUGUCCAGAUAUCCGCACCAUGUUCACCAAUAUGAAUGUCCACUGUGAGACAAAAAAGUAUCUCCGCAACAGAGGCAUUGACACCGGAGUCCUCGAUGGGUGCAAGGAGUUGUGCUGCGAAAGUGAAGAGCAUCGUCGAAGGAGAUGGGAAAGAGAAGCUCAGGAAUUCCGGGAGUUUCGUAGCAGGCGGAAGGACUUCUUUCCAGUCCGUGAUAUUAGGGAGAUACGUGAACUUCGUGAAGCACGGCGGCGACAAAGGGAGAACCGGGAGGUCAGGGAAUCACAUUAAUUCUGCUUCUUUGAGAAAAAAAAAGGAUUAAAUCACGAACUGGAAUAUAAUUGGAUAAUCACAUUAAUUUAAUUUAAUUAUGAUGAUAAAAAUUGUAUGAUAAGUGCAAGGAUAAGAACAAAAUUCCUGUACCUUCCUCUAUUAUUUAAUCUAUCAAGGUGAAUAAAAUUUAAAAUUGUAUUUAUAAAGUGCUCUAUCAUAUAAAUUAAUAAAAAUUCAAUAUAGUGAUUCAA